AUGUUCAGAAAUCUUCGACAUUAGUACCAAAAUGAUCUGGAUUAACACUUUCUGAAACAAUUUAAUAAGUCCACUAUCAAUCUAAGAUGCGAAAACCAGAAAUCUCCUUUUGCAAUCAGAAAACACUUGUCCAAAGUUAAUAUAGCAUUUUAAUCCAAAUUAAACGAGUUCUCUCAAUUCAACGAUAAGAUAUCCAAAUUCUCAAAAAUUAAAUAUUAUGUAAGAUCGAGAAGUUCCUAAAACACCCAGGAAGGCCAUCUCAAUCAAAGGGAUUAGCAAAUUCUCCUAUCCCUGCCUUUUCAUUCUAUCAAAAUGCAUCAGAGAGAAGGCAUUACAAAACUAUGGAGAAAACACAUAUUCCUCGUCAUAUUCCUAUUGAGGUACAAAAAGGAUCAAUCAGAACAAUUCAAAUUAAAUCUAUAGACUCGCCAUCUCUAAUUAGGAACUCCUAAGAUUCCCAUAGAUACUACGAGGAAAAGAAGGAGAAAUGCUGGCAGUUAAUUCAAAUUAUCUACUUUUGCUGAAUACAUAGAUGCACAAGACAAUAAGCAAGAAUCCAAAACAAAAAGAUCGGAAGAUGAAAAAUUUAAAAAAAGCCCAGUCUAUUAAUCGUUUAAAUACAAUGAUAUAAGAAUUUGCAGAUUGCUCAGAUUACGUAAUAAUAGUGUUCGAACAUCAAAUGCAGAAUCCCCGUUGAAAAUCAACUAAUAAGUAGCUAAGAGCAAUAAAUUGCCUCCUUUAUUGUAAAUCGACAGAAGAAUGUAAAGAGUUUAUUCGAAUUUCGCUAAGUGA